AUGGCUGGUGUCGAACUGGCCCGUCUUCGCCCCCUGUCUUUGGAGGAACUCGGUCUUGUAUUUGACGCAACAGACGUCCCGAGCACUGCAGGAGAGCGACCGGCGCGAGGGAUCUGCAAUGAGAACAUACUCCAACUGUAUGUCGGCGACUCCCCUGAGGCCAACACCGCAGACAUUGCGGAUUUCCUCUCGGAUUUCCUUCCGAACAUGAAGGAGAUCGUUGGGCAGGAGUAG